AAAAUAUGAUAAAAAUCUCUAGAAAAUAUGUAGUUAAACAAAUACAUAUAUAUUCAAGAAAAUACAUGAAAAUGGUGAGAGUAAAAUGAGUAAAUACUAUAUGGUUUAUGGUAUAGGGAUUUGGUUUGUAUUGGAAAUAUGCAUACUACCUUUGAACAUGUUUCGUAUUCAUACACACAUUUUUUUAAAAAUAGCCUACCAACUAAUUUCAUCACGAUGGGUAGUAUUUUGAUUUUUUUAUAUAUAUAUUUGGUUAUAUAAGGUCAAAAAUAUGUAUAUUCCAUAUUAUUAAUUUGUUUUGAUUUUUUCCUUACGUAAUGAAGUGAAUAUUAAUGCAUUUAAAAUAUUGAGAUGUGUAAAAGGAUAUGUUAGAUGCAAAAAUAUCGGGUGAUGACAGUUGGAGUUUCCCUUUUAACAAUCUAUACUAUAUUAAAAGGGUUAUAUGAGCAUCAGAGAGGACGUCCACGUCAGACAAUAAAAUCGACCAAUCAAGAGAUCCCUUUUUGACACGUCAUCACGAGUUAAAAAUAUGGGCUUCGUUUUUUUUUGAGACAAAAUGUAAAUGUCAAUGCCCAGGAAGCCCAUUCUUUUUUCCCUUAGCCUUCUUCGUUUCACCUUUCACGAUCUAAAGUGGAGAGAUCCGACGUUUCCCUUUUUCAAUUCUCCAAACCCCCAAUUUUCUAGAUGAUUCGUGAAACCCUUUGCUCUUCCCCUCUUCGUUUCCAUCUCACGAUCUGAUCCACAUGAUUAAUCAAUACAUCCUCCACAAUUGAUUGAGAUGGCUUCAGGUCCAGAUCCGAACAGCUUUGGUGAUGGUGCGAAGCGGGAUGAAGCUACGACCAAGGUUCCUUCUAAGGAUCCCAAGAAGAAGGAUGAUAAGAAAGAGGAAGAUCUGUCUGAAGAGGAUUUGAAACUGAAGCAGAACCUGGAGCUCUAUGUUGAGAGGGUUCAAGACCCUAAUCCUGAACUGCAGAAGGCUGCUCUCGAAAGCAUGAGGCAGGAGAUCCGUGCCUUAACAAGCUCCAUGACGUUGUUAUACCGGAUGCCAAAGAGGUUGUCAUGGAUGGAACUUGGAGGUUCUCAAAGGUUUUUGUGGUUAGUGAUGCUACUGAUGUGGAGACGUUGUGUCUACUGGCUGAACUGAAGCACUUGAAGAAGCUGAGAAAGCUAAGCAUUACUAUAAACAAAGGUGGUGAAUUCACUGUUUCUCAGCUGUUUGUGGAUAUUCAGGACUUCUCCAAUCUGGAGAAGUUGAAAGUGGCGUGGGGAGGUAUUAAUGAACACAACAAAGCUGAAUCUACUUCUGGAGCAGUAAAAUAAUUCAUCAGGUCGAUGACACGGCUUCCUCCUAAUAUCCCAGUUACAGAUCCAAAGCCUCACAAGGCUCCAAAGAAGGUAGCCGUUCCAAGCCACCUUCCAGAGAAGUUAAUGAAACUGGACCUGCAGUGUUUUCCUGAUGCUGAACUUCCCUCAUUGCUUGAGCCUGGUAAGCUACGUAUGUUGGAAAAACUCUACAUCAAAGGAGGAACCAAGCUUACAGGCUUUGGGAAGUCAGUGCCUGAGAAGCCAACAGAGUGCAGUGUCAAGGUUUUGCGUCUGAAAUUCCUUCCCAGGCUAAAAGUGGAGUGGAGGGAGCUGAGGGAACUAUACUUUCCAAAACUGGAGUUCUUGGAUAAGUAUCAGAGCCCUCAAGUUAGUUUCUGCCCCUGUGAUGGUAUCGGAAUCUGGUGCGGCAAGUCUAACCAACUCUGAGCUGAGAGUUGCUCAGUUUUCCACAUGUUGUCUAUCUAUUCUGUUUCUGUUGUUGUACGUUUGUUUCCUCAUUUUCCAUUGAUGUCUUCCUUGUGAAUAUAACAAUAUGAUGAUACCUACAGUAUCGUAAUAGAAAAACUUUCAGACAA